CUCUUUCAUCCAUCCCCGUCAUCCCGACCCCGACACAUCGCCUUUCAAACCGACCCAACUGUGGUGGGCAUCCGCCAGAGCCCCCGACCCGUCGCCUGUGCGCCCUGCCGGCCUGUCCUUUGCGUCAUCCAGUCGCCGAAACCGCCAACCGGGCUUUCUUGGCCUCGCCUUCGCCUUCGACGGUCUCCCUCCCUCCCUGCUUGCCUGCCCUCCCAUCCUCGUCCCAUCACCCCGUUCCGCCCCCCUGGCUUCGCCAUGUUCUCUACUGGCCGUCGACGCAUUCUAGAUGGACUCAAUCGGAGGUACAUCUACGGCCGUCUGCCAUUGCUCCACGCCAUCAUCUUCCUGAUCGAGAUGGCGGCUGCAAUGCGGCUUGCCGCUAAGUUUAACUCCUACUAUGCGGAGAAACCGGUCCUGACUACGAUGGUCACCAACGCGAUUCUCGGUGGCAUCGCAGACACGGUGGCACAGUUGAUCACGGCCGUCAGGGCGAGUGCCGGACGCAGGCCCCCGGAUGGUGGAGACCUCAUCUCGAUUGAGAUUCACGAGCUUGACAAGAAGAAACCGCCUGCUCUGGGUGAGCUGGGCCUUGCGAGACAGCUGGUGUCGCCGUUCGAUUUCGAGCGCCUGACUCGCUUCAUGUCGUAUGGCUUCUUCAUGGCGCCGGUUCAGUUCCACUGGUUUGGGUUCCUGUCUCGCACGUUCCCGCUCACUAAGAAGGCCCCGUCCAUCCCGGCCCUGAAGAGGGUGGCCGUGGAUCAGCUCAUGUUCGCUCCGUUCGGCCUGGCUUGCUUCUUCACGUUCAUGACGGUGGCCGAGGGUGGUGGCAGGAGAGCGUUGACGCGCAAGUUCCAGGACGUCUACCUCCCCACUCUCAAGGCCAACUUUGUGCUGUGGCCGGCUGUUCAGAUCCUGAACUUCCGCGUCGUGCCUAUCCAGUUCCAGAUUCCGUUCGUGUCGUCUAUCGGUAUCGCCUGGACCGCGUAUCUGUCGCUGACCAAUUCGUCGGAGGAGGAGUAAGGGUCACCGGGCCCGUUGGUUCUCAAAAGGUGUUCUGUCAUUGCGUCGCUCAUUUCUGUACCUGUCGUUCCUUAUCUGGCUGCGUUGUGUAUGCUUACCGGGCGUUGUACAUGUGCUUCUGGGACUUGGUAUUCUUCCUCUAUGGGUGUCUGGAUCAUCUUCGCGUGGUUACCGGAGUCAUUGCGUUCGUUCCUUAUUGAUAAACCAUGUCGACAGAGAAUACACCGUGUUUCGGGUUAGUGACUGAGGGUCUUGACUCCUGAUCCUGUGCUAGAGUACUCCGUACGUAGGCGGGGCAUCGGUAAGACAGACCGACCCGAUGGUCCAGCUGGACGAGAAGACCCGGAAGGUGGGCUGAUAGAGAUCCGAGGCUAUGGGGAGAGCGGGCUGAUGUUCACCCCUGAGGCCGGGGGGUUCC